AGAAAGAGAGAGAGAAAGAGAGACACAGAGAAAGGGAGAGAGAACAUUUUGGAACACCCCUUUCAGUCGCCUCCUCCACUUUCUAUAACACCCCUCCCUUCACUCCUCUCCCUCCCACUCACACACAUACACUAAACACACACACACUGAACACACCCACUGAACACACAUACACACACGGGGAACCCACGCCCCAUCCAUAAUUGAUGCUAGCUGUGGGCAGGCAGAUGCUGGAGGCAGGAGGAAGAAGGGAGGAAGAAGGGAGGGAAGGAGGGAGAGCAGCUGGUUUAUGGAGGAGAAAGAGGAAGGCAAGAUGGUGGAACAGGGUAACCAGGAAGCCCCUCCCCCUCCAGACUCCAUGACUCAGCCGUACCCCUCCGGCCAAUUUGCCCCCCCUCAGAACGGCCUGCCCGCUGAGUUCACCGCCUCACACCCUCACCCUCACCCUGCGCCCCCCGACUACACAGGACAGCCCCCCGUCAGCGAACACCCCCUCAACAUGUACCCCACUUCACAGAACCACAGUGAACAGAGUGGACAGGACACCAGCAUACAGACCGUCUCAGCCACAGCCACACAGACAGAGGAGGAGUCUCAGACAGACAGUCAGCAGCAGAGCCAGUCGUCUGACAGUUCUAACAGUAAGACUCAGCCCAAGCGACUCCAUGUCUCCAACAUACCCUUCCGGUUCAGGGACCCGGACCUCAGGCAAAUGUUUGGCCAAUUUGGUAAAAUCUUAGACGUUGAAAUCAUUUUUAACGAGCGGGGCUCUAAGGGUUUUGGGUUCGUAACUUUCGAGCACAGUGCGGACGCUGACAGGGCGCGAGAAAAAUUACACGGCACGGUCGUAGAAGGCCGUAAAAUAGAGGUCAACAAUGCAACAGCACGGGUAAUGACCAAUAAGAAGACGGUCAAUCCUUAUGCAAAUGGGUGGAAGUUGAACCCAGUAGUCGGUGCAGUGUACAGUCCAGAGUUCUAUGCAGUACCGGGCUUCCCCUACACAGCAGCCAGUGCAGCGGUGGCGGCUUACAGAGGGGCCCAUCUAAGAGGUCGAGGGAGGACGGUCUACAACACAUUCAGAGCAGCCGCACCCCCACCUCACAUCCCCACGUACGGAGGUGUUGUGUACCAGGAUGGAUUUUAUGGUGCAGAUAUUUAUGGGGGCUAUGCUGCCUACAGGUAUGCCCAGCCUGCUGCUGCCGCAGCUGCUGCUUACGGUGACAGUUACGGACCAGUAUAUGCUGCGGACCCCUACAACCACCCACUUGCUCCAGCAGCCACAUACAGCAUUGGUGCCAUGAAUGCGUUUGCCCCGUUGGCUGAUGCCAAGACGAGGAGUCAUGCUGACGACGUGGGGCUGGUGUUGUCCUCCCUGCAGGCUAGUAUAUACAGGGGAGGUUACAGCCGCUUCGCCCCAUACUAACCCACCAACCAACCUCCCUAAAACCAUACAACAACCAAUUACUACCCUACCAACCAACCAACCUCCCCACAACCAAACAACAACCAAUCCUUUCUGACAGGGACACAACAGACCAACCAACCAACAAACCACACAACCAACAAACCAGUAUGUGAGACAGAGACAGCAGAGACAGAGACAGAGACAGAGACAGAGAGAGAGAGAGAGAGAGAGAGAGAGAGAGAGAGAGAGAGAGAGAGAGAGAGAGAGAGAGAGAGAGAGAGAGAGAGAGAGAGAGAGAGAGAGAGAGAGGACUUUGAGGCCUGGGUAUUGCAAUAUAUGCUGUUGAGCAUGAUUUUAGCAGCUCCUAAGAGAGAGGGAAAUCAGUCAACUAAAAAGAAAGGGAUAUUUAUACCUCAGAUAUUGUGUGCUGUUAAUUUUGAUACAGUGGGUUUUUAAUUUGUUAAGGUUAGUAGAUUGUCCGUGUCGGUAGAGCUAUAGAAGAGCUAAUAGAUUUUAAACCUUACCAUUAUUAAACAACACAUUUCAACUGUUAGGGCUCCGUGAAAAGACAAACCAAUCCUGUAAAAUACAUCAUAGAAUGUGAUCCCGUUUUGUAAGAGUGUUUACAUGAUUGUAGGGUUCGGAUUCCUUUGACAUUCCCUCUGUUAGCGUCUACGUUGUUUCCUAGCUACUGGGGUUAGGAUUAGGAUUGGGGUUAAGGUUGGGGUUAGGGUUAGGAUUAGGGUUAAAGUUAAGGACUAGGCAAGCGUUAGGGUUAGGUUAGGAUUAGGGUUAAGGUUGGGGUUAGGAAUGGGGUUAAAGUUAAGGACUGGGCAAGUGUUAGGGUUAGGAUAGGAUUAGGGUUAAGGUUGAGGUUAGGUUAGGGCUGAAGCUCAGGGUUAGGAUUAAGGUUAGGGUUGGGGAGGUGGGGGUAAAAUGGGGUACUAGAAAGGCACCGAAGGGUUGACCAGGUGAUGGGAAAGAGAGAGAUGGAGGGGAGUAGUUGUUUGUGAAUGGUGCGUAGUCGGCAGCGUGUUAGCCAGCGAGGAUGUGGAUGUGUGGAUUAGAUCAGGAUCGUUGUGAUUGUCAUCGUUUAUCACUCAAAGCCAACGGUUCAGAUGGUCCCGAGGUGUUCCAUCUGUGUGUUUAGACAGAUUCUACACAGAAUAACUUGUUAUUGGUAGAGGACAGAGAGUCUGCUUCCCAAAUGGACCCCUUUUCCCUAUAUAGGGCCCUAUAUGCCUCUGGUCAACGUAGUGCACUAUGUAGGGAAUAUGGUGCCAUAGGGCCCUGUUCAAAGUAGUGCACUAUGUAGGGAAUAGGGUGCCAUGGGGCCCUGUUCAAAGUAGUGCACUAUGUAGGGAAUAGGGUGCCAUAGGGCUCUGUUCAAAGUAGUGCACUAUGUAGGGAAUAGGGUGCCAUCGGGCUCUGUUCAAAGUAGUGCACUAUAUAGGGAAUAGGGUGCCAUAGGGCCCUGUUCAAAGUAGUGCACUAUGUAGGGAAUAGGGUGCCAUAGGGCCCUGUUCAAAGUAGUGCACUAUGUAGGGAAUAGGGUGCCAUGGGGCCCUGUUCAAAGUAGUGCACUAUGUAGGGAAUAGGGUGCCAUAGGGCCCUGUUCAAAGUAGUGCACUAUAUAGGGAAUAGGGUGCCAUUUGGGAGGCAUAUGGUUUUUUUCUCCAUGGAGUGUUUACUGUUGAAACCAUCAUCUAGUCCCUUUAGUCAAAACCCUUUAUAGAGUAGGUUAUCCCAUAGUAAUGAGACUGAUGUUGUUUUUAUAGAAGUUACAGUUUAUCCAUUCAUAUAGUUGCUGACUUUUAUAUUAUGGGAGAGAUUUAGAAAAUAAUAAUAAUGUCUAUAUUCACCUUCUCUAUUUUACCUUUCUGUUUCGUUUUUUUUUUUUUUUUUCAAAAAUUAUACGACUGAUUAUUUGUACCCGAUAAAAGCUGAACAAAAUAUAUAUAUAUAUAACUACAAUGUAUUAAUGGAGACGUUUGAGCUGUGCAAUGAAGGUUUUCUGUUAAACACAUAAUACACAACUGUAACGUUUUAGUUGUAGGCUAUAAUACCAACAGUUAGGGAAAGCAUUUCUCGUCAUGUUUAUAGAGUCAUCGUUUUCCAGAUGGAUAACGACACACUACAAGUAAUGCAAUCAUAAUGUAGAUAUUAUCACGGCGUUUUUGUCAACUGUACUAUUUUGCCGACACACACACAGCCUGUACGCGGUCUUCACCACUACUAGGCUGUAAAACAUGUGUCCUGUACAUUGUUGGUGUUUGUUAGUUAGGCUUUAUGUUUUACAUUGACUUGUCUUUCUUUUGGGGUUUGAUAUCAUUUUUAAAUGUGACCUCCUUUGUAAUGUUAUUUUCUAGAACUUUGAAAAACUGUUUGAAAAUUAGAGAAAAUUAGAAAUAUAUAUGACUUGUGAAAAAAGAUGAUGUAAUAUGUAAAUAUGAAGAUGAAGCUGUCGUUGAUUAAAGUGCUCCAGGGGCGAGAGAGGAAACGCCCAGCUCACCUCACGCAGCGAAAUACUUUCUUCCACCCCUCUUUCCUUCCUGAUAUCCUCCCUCCCUCCUUUCCUCCCUCCUUUCUUCCUACACCUUGUUUACAAAUUAACCUGAUCAGAGGUGUUUGUCACAUAUCUCAGUUUUGUAUUUAUAAGAAGAAGAAAAAAUAUUCAGAAAUGCCACCCAUGAAAAAGGCAGUGGCAUCUGCAGGUUGUGGGGUUUAGUCCCAUCCUACAGAUUCUGGGGUUAAGUCCCAUCCUGUUGGCAGGUUGUGGGGUUUAGUCCCAUUCUACAGAUUCUGUGGUUAAGUCCCAUCCUGCAGGUUGUGGGAUUUAGCCCCAUCCUGCAGAUUCUGGGGUUAAGUCCCAUCCAGUCUGCAGGUUGUGGGGUUUAGCCCCAUUCUACAGAUUCUGGGGUUAAGUCCCAUCCUGUUGGCAGGUUGUGGGGUUUAGUCCCAUCCUGCAGGUUGUGGGAUUUAGCCCCAUUCUACAGAUUCUGGGGUUAAGUCCCAUCCUGCAGGUUGUGGGGUUUAGCCCCAUUCUACAGAUUCUGGGGUUAAGUCCCAUCCUGUUGGCAGGUUGUGGGGUUUAGUCCCAUCCUGCAGGUUGUGGGGUUUAGCCCCAUCCUGCAGAUUCUGGGGGUUAAGUCCCAUCCAGUCUGCAGGUUGUGGGGUUUUGCCCCAUCCUGCAGGUUCUGGGGUUAAGUCCCAUCCAGUCUGCAGGUUGUGGGAUUUAGCCCCAUCCUGCAGGUUCUGGGGUUAAGUCCCAUCCAUUCUGCAGGUUGUGGGAUUUAGCCCCAUCCUGCAGGUUCUGGGGUUAAGUCCCAUCCAGUCUGCAGGUUGUGGGGUUUAGCCCCAUCCUACAGAUUCUGGGGGUGAAGUCCCAUCCAGUCUGCAGGUUGUGGGGUUUAGCCCCAUUCUACAGAUUCUGGGGGUUAAGUCCCUGUCCUGUGUUUGCUGAACCAUCAGUCGGCAUGGCAACACGUAUCCUAGCUACACCACCGCGUGUCUCUGUCCUUACCCUCUACAUCCUCUGCUUCCAUAGGUGUUGUGAUGAGAUACACCCUCCCUUGUUCUUGUAUGUGCAUGCACUAUGGUUCUUCCACUUAACAAUAACCAUCAAUAAAGUUUGUCAAGAUAA